AUGUAUUAUGAGAACAGUUGCAUGUACUUUUACAACGUGACGAAUAACAAAUGCUUGAAUACAAUUUUCCAUUUUUUGAAAGAAUUUUUCAAAGAACAUUCGUUACAUCAUUUUGAGAACUGUUGUGAAAUGAUUCAGUCUACUUAUUUAUUUUUUUUCAUUUUGCUAACCGACUAUUUUUUGGUAAGUCCAAAUGUCCGGCAGUACUGCGCUGAGAAUUUUAAAAUUUUAUUCAAGUUAAAAACAUACUUCUUUGAAAAGUACAUCAAGCACACAAAUAAGAUCAUACUGAACAAAUUUAUUUUGCUAAAUAGGGCAGAAAAUGGAAACAGGAAAAAUGCCUUUUUCUUUUCUGAAACGAAGAUAAUAAAUGGAAUAAUAAAUGAAAACAAAAUAGAGUUUUCCAACAUGACCAUGAGCAUAAUUUCUUCUAAUCAUGUAGACAAGCGAUACUUCCUCACUUUGGUAAUAAAAGCCAAGUCGUACGAAUAUAUGGAUGAUUUUAUUUUUCUCGAUUUAUUUAAAAUUCACAUUUUAUCCAAUCCGUGUGUGUCUGCAUCGUCAGGAAGGGACAAAAUGCAGUCUCCCCCGAACCAUUGCUGUGACGAUCGUAGCAACUCGUCUCCCUAUGUUGCCAUUUCCGAUCUAGCAAAUUCCUUUUCCCUGGAUGAACAACAAAAUGCGUUUUCAUACAUAUACGAAAUUGAACUUCCCAGUGAUAUUUACACUGAUGGGGAGUUGGAAAUAUUCUACAUCGACACUAAUAAAAAGAUGAACUGUGCAAAUUUUUUCCCUGCGGAUGAUUUGCAUCAAUUGGGGGAAGGACCACACCUGCAUGGGGCGUAUGCUGAAAUGACAAACGGAGAGGGGGAAGAAGUGGAAAAAAGGCAAAACGAGACGGAGGAGGAAAGCACUGACAAUGUGGGUUCCCAACAUAUGCACAAUAAGGAGAAUCUCUCCCCAAAGGAUGCUACCCCAAAAUGGAGCGAAGAAAAAAAUAAAAGCGAAGAGGUAACUUCUGCAAAAAGAAACAUUCGCAUAAGUGUACAAAAUGGGGAACAUGUUAAGACCUGCGAUAUGAGUACGGAGAAAAAAGAAAAUACCUUAAACGAAUGCUCAAUAAAAAAGCUAUAUGAUGAAAUAAAUGUAGUUAAAGUACAAAAUGAGAAAUUUUCACUAAAUGAUAAAACAUACGUAAGGAUUUAUAGCAACCGAAUCAGCAACUAUUAUAUCAAUCUCAAUAGCGUAACUAAUUUCCCAUAUAUCCAGUGGGAAAUUAAAUAUUGUGAAAAUAAAGUAGUUGCAAUGCUAAGGAGCCGAAAUGGUAAGAGCUUUAUUUUCCACAUUGAUGACUAUGGCAUGGAAUUACAAGACAACGGAAUAGACGUUCUCAAGGACCUAUACAACUGCACCCUAGAUGUAUACACCUUAUUAUUUUUAAUGAAAAAAAAGGGAAUUAACCUCUUAGUUACAAAUGUCGAAGUAGGGAAGAUGCUUGAAAAGGAGAGGUAUCAUCUGGUGGAGGACCAAACAGAGGAACUUUUAAUAAACGAUAUUUUGUUGUGCUUUCGUUUUAUGGCCUUUAAUUCCGUGGAAGUUAACCUGGCCAACGCGGCAAAGUCGAAGAUGAUGGUUCACGUGAGGGGAGACGGACAGAAGGUGAAGGGGCCUCUGACCGAUUCGCUACAUGUGGAGUAUGAGGAAAAUUUUUGCAGAAUUGCCAAAAUCGAAACGGAAGAAAGCGAAAAAAAGUUCAUCAAAAUUUUGACGAAACAUAAAUCCAUCCUGUAUUGCCUAUUCGAGCUGUGCGAAUUUAUCAAUUUAAAUAAUAAAAAGGAAAAGACAAAGUUGGGUGAUACAACCAAACAAGAGAAUAAUGACGAUGAAAAAAAUGAUGUAAUGAAUUUCCAAAAUUUUUUAAUCAACAUUUUUUCACGUAACAGCAUUGAAAAAAUGAAUGAAGUGGUAAUAAAGGAUGGGGAUAACUUAAAAAAAAACUCCUUACAAAUAGACGAUGUCGAAACGUUAUCCGCAAAUGAUUACAGCAACUUGUUUGAAUUGAGCCCAACGGUGCAUAAUUUGCAGCUCUUUUUGAAGCUCACCCGGGCUGUAUCAUUUACGGGCGUUUGA